GCAGAUCUUACCGAGACUCCUUGCUGUCGGUCGGUGAGAAGCCAGGGCUUGCCUGUUUCACGAACUCCGGUCACUCUUCAUUUUUUUUUCACUCCCUGUUUCUGCUGUGAAGUCGUACGAUCAGACAAUAAUGCGUGAGUGCAUCUCUAUCCACAUUGGUCAGGCUGGUGUCCAGAUUGGUAAUGCCUGCUGGGAGCUGUACUGCCUGGAACAUGGCAUUCAGCCUGAUGGGCAGAUGCCCAGCGACAAGACCAUUGGAGGAGGGGAUGAUUCCUUCAACACCUUCUUCAGUGAGACUGGAGCUGGAAAACAUGUCCCCAGGGCUGUGUUUGUAGAUCUGGAACCAACAGUCAUUGAUGAGGUACGUACUGGCACAUACCGUCAGCUUUUCCACCCAGAACAAUUAAUCACUGGCAAAGAAGAUGCAGCCAACAACUAUGCUCGUGGGCACUACACAACUGGCAAAGAGAUCAUCGACUUGGUAUUGGAUAAGAUCCGUAAAUUGGCUGACCAGUGCACAGGUCUUCAGGGUUUUCUGGUGUUUCACAGUUUUGGUGGCGGUACAGGUUCUGGUUUCACAUCUCUGUUGAUGGAACGUCUCUCUGUUGAUUAUGGGAAGAAGUCCAAACUUGAAUUUGCCAUUUAUCCAGCACCUCAAGUCUCUACAGCUGUGGUUGAACCCUACAAUUCCAUCCUGACCACUCACACCACCUUGGAGCAUUCAGAUUGCGCCUUCAUGGUGGACAAUGAGGCUAUCUAUGACAUUUGCCGCAGAAACCUAGAUAUUGAGCGUCCCACAUAUACCAAUCUCAAUCGCCUUAUCAGUCAGAUAGUGUCCUCUAUUACAGCCUCUCUCAUAUUUGAUGGUGCCCUGAAUGUUGAUCUUACUGAAUUCCAAACCAACUUGGUGCCCUAUCCUCAUAUUCAUUUCCCUCUGGCCACUUAUGCCACUGUUAUUUCUGCAGAGAAAGCUUACCAUGAGCAGCUGACUGUGGCUGAUAUUACAAAUGCAUGCUUUGAGCCAGCUAAUCAGAUGGUAAAAUGUGAUCCACGUCACGGUAAAUACAUGGCUUGCUGCCUGUUGUAUCGUGGUGAUGUUGUGCCCAAAGAUGUUAAUGCAGCUAUUGCCACCAUCAAGACAAAGCGUAGCAUCCAGUUUGUAGACUGGUGUCCCACUGGUUUCAAGGUUGGCAUUAACUACCAACCCCCAACUGUGGUUCCAGGUGGUGACCUGGCCAAGGUACAACGUGCUGUGUGUAUGCUGAGCAACACCACUGCAAUUGCUGAGGCCUGGGCCCGCCUGGACCACAAAUUCGAUCUUAUGUAUGCUAAACGUGCCUUCGUGCACUGGUAUGUUGGUGAGGUUAUGGAGGAGGGAGAGUUCUCUGAGGCCCGUGAAGACAUGGCUGCCCUGGAGAAGGAUUAUGAGGAAGUUGGUGCAGAUAGUGCUGAUGCAGAGGAUGAAGGUGAAGGGUAUUAGACUUGAUGUUCACUUGAAAUGGGCCUUUCCUAUUGCUGAACCUUCUGAUCUGGAGUCUAAUUUUUUUUUUAAAUAAAGUGCAAUUAUAAAUGUGGCUGUUCAGUGUUAAUGCUUCUGGAAUUUUGUAGCUUGUGAUAUUGACAUGUCAAACUUAAAACUAAAGACAAUGUAAUGUUUCAAGUUUGUGAUGUAAUGACUAGUACCAUGGGUAGAACAUUGAUAUUUAGUAGCUCUUAAAUCUCCAAAGACAACAGGUUAGUGUUUAGCCUCUCAAAGGGGGAGCAUUUUGGGUGACUGCAUUAUUUUCGUUGUUGGGUCCACUAUACUCCCCGUAAAUUCAGUAGCUCCGUGUUGCCCCUUCUGGCAAGUCUGGCUGUUGCUUCUAACAUUUUGUGAGUAAGCUGGGCAAAAUUGAUCCUGUUACAGAAAUAAAACAAAAAACAAGCUGACAUGUACAAGAUUUUUAUCUUUGUGAUGCAGUGAUCACUACACAUUUGACUGUUUGUUUGGGUAGAUAAUGGCCCACUUCAACAGUCAUUGAGAUGUGGAAAGGAUGCAGCUAAGCUAUAGAUCAGGGGUAGGCAAAAUAUUCAUUCCAAAUUUACUCUGUGAUUACAAAAAGAAAGGAAAAAAGCUAGGGGGUAAACUGAGGUAAGGUCAGUUAAUGUUACAUUUCCCUAGCUUUACUUCUGUUGCUACAGAAUACACAUGCAUUGACUGUCCUUACAUCUUGAAAAAUUAACUGAAUUCCUUCCUUUGUUUAAAACUGAGCACAGAUAACCAGACACUAGGACAGUGUUGCAAGAACUUGGAAUUCAGGUGUUUGACCAAUAAAGUUUGUAUAAUGCAAAAAAAA